GAUAUCGAAACAGCUGUUUUUCGUUGAUUGUUGAGGCUGCUUUCUAUAUCCAAUGAAAAAUAAACAAAAAGAACGGAAAACAUGCAGAUAAAGCCAAUAAUUACAUAUUCCGGUUCAUGUCCUCUUUUCCGGUCGCUGGAGUCUCAAAUCCUGAAUGCAAUCCCUCUGGACACUUGCGAGUGGCGGCGCACCUUCCAACGCCCCACAAAACAUGUUCGAUUGGAGGCCCAGACCCAACAGUUCAAUGUGGCUGUCCUAGAGAAGUACAAGCAGGGCGACUGGAGCAUUUUGGAACACCCAAUACUGCACAUCUACGUGACAGAAUGCAAUGAUGUGGACACCUACAAGGCCACCAUUAGGGAAGAGAUCGAUACCUGGCUGAAGGUGUUGACCAGUUACGGCAUCUCGGACUGGAUGAUACUGCUUGUUGAGACCUUGGACAUGCGAAAGACUAAAAACUUUAUGCCUCGCACCACGGUGCUCGAUAAGAUUCGUCUGGACUUUGGCAGCAAAAAUGACGAUCGCUGCAUUUCCGUGCUGAAUCCAGCCAAAUUCGAGCAAAAAUCGACGGAGUCGUUCCGCUGCCUGGUGCAGCGUAUCCGCUUCCUGAUGCUCACCAGUUACAAUCGCAAUAUUGUGAAGUACGAAGAACUUAUACGCAGCAAGCGCGAGAAGCGGAAUCACGAUGGCUGGGACUUCCGCCAGUAUUUCUUCAUGCAGGAGGACCUGGCGCUGAUCUUCGAGAAGCUGGAACUGCCCACCGAAGCUCUGAUACAGUAUGAUGAACUUGACGCCAUGUUCUCGCAAUACGUCACGCACACGGGUCUCAAUGAGAAACAGCCUUGGCCCAGCCAUUUUCGCCGGCCGCUGGAUGCCUUUCAUGGCAUUUGCCUGUCCAGACCGGACAGGUUUGAGAUGAGGACAAAAAUCCGUGAUGAGGGUGUUUCCCUGCUGGAGUUCCGUAACUAUCUGUUCGAACGCCAGGCUUAUCUGCUACUUAGUUGUAACGACAUACCGGAGAUUGCAAAGAGGCUGCUUAACUUUCUCUUUUCCACGCUACGAGAGGUGGAGUUUAUCAAGCUGGAGUGCCAGGAGGGAGCCCUCUGCUGCUGGGAGUUUGUCUGUGCCCUGGAGGUCUUACAGCUGUGCGAGCAGGCCAUGGAGCCCAACGAGGUAACCUGUUUCCAGCACUGUGCUCCCAUCUGGAACUUGGCCAAGGACAAGCUCUACGAACUGGGUAAGCUGUGCGGACUUCUGCCGGGUUGUACGCCAAGCUCGGAGCAGCUACAUAUCGUGGUGCAGCUGUCGUCGGGCAUAGGAGACGCCCCACCAGAGCAGCAACAAUUUCUCCAGGCCACGCCGCAGCUGCGGGAGCGUUCGCCCAACCGGAAACCAAAGAAAUCGGCGGCGGAGCAACUUAAGGAGGCACUGGGCUCCAAUCAGGCUUUCCAGAAGCUGUACCUGGAGUUGGCGGAGCUGGCCAUCAGCACAUACAAGCAUGUGUCCCGGUUGCGAUCGGCGCGGUUGGUAGGCUUGGAUUUAGGCAACUUUUAUUGUGCCCUGAAUGAGCCACACAAAGCGGUUGGAUUCUUCACGGAUCUCCUUCGGGAACUGAAGGCUGAGAACUGGCAUAUGCUAAGCUCCCAGACGUUACUGGAACUGGCCAACUGUUAUCGGAAGAUGGGCGACUCUCUGGCCUACACCAAGACCUGCAGUUCCAUCUCCUGCUGCGUAGAGUUGGAGACCCUGGUCCGAACUUUCUAUUUUGACGAGUUCCUCAAGUCGCUAAAAACCCUAAAAACAACGCUCUCGGCUCAGCCAUCCAUGGAAAAUGCGAAUUUCUGUGUCCUGGAGGAUCAUUUUCGUGUCAUUGAUAUCGAGGUGCUUAAUCAGACAGCGAUAAUACAGGACGACUACAUUGUUGUGCAACUGAAAUUGGAGAGUCUCUAUCCGCGCGGGAUUGUUGCCGAGAAUAUCAAGCUCUGCUACGAGUUGCAAGCGGCUCCUCUGGAGUUAGCCAUGGAAAAUGUCUCGCUGACAGCCACAGCUCAGCCGGCGGCGGUCAAGGUUAAAGAGUCGACAUCGCGACUGAAAGUGUCCCUGCAGCUGGUAUACAAACAGGACAACCGUUUGCACUCGUCCUCUGUGGCAUGCGACAUGCCCAAGAGCAAGCAACCAGUGCGGCGCACCAGCAGCACAAAGCGGAAGCUAUCACCCAGUGUGCAAGCAGAUUUCACCAACUUUGUGCAGGCCGAGAACAUUGCCCUGCAGCCGGGCAUCAAUAUCGUUGAGCUGAGGGCAAAGGCCACUCGAGUGGGAAGCUGGCAAUUCAAGCAGCUCUGUGUCAGCAUGUCCAGCUUGGAGUUCCUGUCCGAGCAAUUGCCUUUUGCUCCCCCGAGCUUUGAAAUUAGCACGAAACCUGCCAGCGCCUCGCUGGAGUUUAAAACUUUGAUAGCGGGAAUUGUCCAGCCCAUUAGUCUAAAUAUUUCCGGUGGCAGUUUCAUCUUUCCGCCUGAUGCCAAGAUCUCGUUGCGCUGUUCAAAGAAUUUACGAAUUCGCCAGGCUGUGACUCUCGAUACGGCGAAUGCCAAUGAUGAUUCCUCGUUUGAGAGCUUGCUUCAAGUGCCGCUGCAGAACUUCAAAUCGUUCGAGGAGCGCAGCAUUCCAUUGGAGGUUCUCACAGAUAUGCCAGGCCGGAAGGUGUCCAAGCAUCAUGAGCAUCACAUUGCCCUCAGUUGUCCUUGGUCACGCACAGAGCUGACGAUACCAGUCGAGUUUCAGCCAGCCAUGGAGGCCACUUGCCGCCUCCACACUUGCGGCACCCAAAAGUUUCUGCAGGUGAUCAUGAAGGGUCUUGAUGCUCAUUUAUUACUGCAGCAGGCGAAAGUAAAGUGCGAUGUGCCCGGUGUUCAGCUGCUGGACCUGAACCCCACCUCCCAAGACCCAAUUGAAAUCUACAAAUCCCUGACUGUCACGUAUCUGUAUGAGAUCCAGGUGGAACCACUUAAGACAGAGCAUGAGUUGCCAAUCGUUAAAGUGCACUUUGUGAUUAAAUACGCCACACUAACGCAGCCGGAUGUCUGGCGGACCUAUGGCUGCGCCUUUGAUCUUGUGGAUUACACCACACUCUUCAAGCUCCAAGCCCAGCUGGAGCCGAAUGAACUGUGCCGUCUGCGUACGGUGUGCAACAUGAACCUGAAAAUAACCAAGGUCCAUGAGAAUCCCUACACGGAUCUCAUGUACGAGGUGCUCAACGAUCAGAAUCUCUGGGCAGUGUGCGGCCGUUCGGCGGAUAUGGGUGUCGUGUCAAUGAAGGAUGUUGAUAGUCAUUCCAUAUCGCUGGAUGUGAUGCCCUUGAGUACCGGCUUUCUUCCGAUGCCCAGCAUUCGGUUGUCCAAGUACACGGCCGGCGGCAAGAGUAAGACCGAUGCUCACUCCAAGGUGCAUCCUUUUCCGCCCGGACAAGUCUACAACUCCACGAAGAGCAUGCAGAUCCAUGUCAUAGCCAGUGUAGCCGGGGAUCAGUGAGAAGCCAAAAAUUAAACAAAAAGUUAUAUAGCAACUAUAAACUUUUGCUUUAAGUAUUAUUUAACUUGUACUGUGAACGUUAGUAAAUAUGU